AUGAUCGAUGAGGAACUAUCUAAAGAGUUUCCUACAGUUUCUGAUGCACUGGAAUCGCCAAUAGAUUUUGCUAAUCUUCUUCAACGCAUCAAAUCUGUAGCGAAAAUUCUUCGCGAUGCAGAUUUGGAAUUCCUCGCAAACGACGCUGAAGAAGCCGCAUCGCGUAUUCUGAAGACCAAUUUAGUGCAUCCACAAGUCGCGAAAUCUAGUCGGGCAUGCCAAACCCCUACAGAAACGCGAUCUGUCCAGUCCUCAACGACUUGCGAUGUCGAAGUUGGUGUGCAGUACAGUCCUGUUCAUGCAGAAAAUUUCGAAAAGCUGGAACAGAACAACGGCACCCUUCCUGGAUCAACCUACAGCCUGAACGGCACCACGUCGACAACGAUUCAAUCAAUAAGAACAGUGAAAAAUUCUGACAUGACUAGUGCUCAGUCUACAACGGGAGGGAAUCUGAGCUCGCAACUGAAGUCUCUCAGUCUAACACUGAACAGGCAACAGGUGGAAUACGAAAAGCAGCGCCUCGAGAUGAACCAAAAGGAGUUAGCUUUUAAAAGUAAUUUGGACGCGAUGGUGGAUCAAUUGAGGAAUUUGGUUACAGAGAACGCUAAUUUGAGACAUCAGCUAGCCAGUAAGGAUGCUCAAUUGACUUCUUUGGGUCGCCUGGUGCAAAAAGUCACCACAAAACUGUCACAAGCUUCAUCUACACGGGCACCCAAUGCAGGAGAUCUGUUUGAAAAUCCCGCAGGCAGCACAGUCUCCCACGUAUCCCUGCCUCAUCACACUCCAGGCAGUCCACCCAAUCUCACCUUUCUGCGGUGUCCAUCUCGAAACAGUGACCUAUUCCUGACGCCAACGAUAGUCCCUUUCGAAGGUCUCGAAGACAUCGACAAUGACAACAUUACCAGUGUUUCAGCCGUGGAGUCGCGACGAUGUGAUCAAACCAAGAACUUUGAAGGGAAAAAUCGCAGUCCCUCGGCGAGUUCACUGAGCUCUCUGCGCACUGCCGACAUGAUGCAAUUUCGAAGGGGUCUGGCAGCUCUAGACGAUCAGAUCGCGAAACUGCGCGACUCACUUCAUCUCAGCGGUUGA